AUGCGGACGGAAAAGAGCCUCCCAAGACGCCGUAUUGGGGCUUAUGGUGAAGAAACCUUCGAUUCCGACGAAGAAGACUACUUCGACGACGAGGAUUUUGCCGAUGAAAUGUCCACUGAAUGGAAUCUGCGGAAAUGUGCCGCAACCGCUUUGGAUGUCUUAGCGGUCAGGUUUAGUGGCGACUUGCUCAAUGUCCUGUUGGGCCCAUUGAAGGAUAAAUUAUGGAGCAACGACUGGCUACAGAGGGAGAGUGGGAUUCUCGCGCUAGGUGCCAUGGCCGAGGGUUGCAUUGAGGCCAUGGAACCGCAUCUGCCGACUCUCAUUCCAUAUCUCAUCAGCAUGCUAUCGGAUUCCAAACCCCUCAUUCGUUCUAUUACUUGCUGGACCCUUGGCCGCUACGCAAGCUGGACAACCCAGCCCAUAUCCGAGGAGCACAAGAAUGAAUACUUUGUGCCAACGAUGGAGGGCCUUCUCCGAAUGGUCCUUGACAACAACAAACGAGUUCAAGAGGUUGGUUGCAGCGCCUUUGCCACCCUCGAAGAAGAAGCGGGCAUGGAGCUUGCACCUUACCUGGAGCCCGUGCUCCAAAACCUCGUCAUCGCAUUCAACAAAUAUCAGCACAAGAAUAGUAAUAUGCUUAUCUUAUACAAUGCCGUUGGCACCCUUGCUGAUGCAGUGGGUCGGGCGUUACAGAACCCGCGUUAUGUCGAUAUCCUGAUGCCUCCGUUGACCAAGCGUUGGUCGCGAUUGAAGGAUGACGACGAAAAUCUGAUUCCUCUUCUCGAGUGUUUGGCUUCUGUUACAAUCGCCAUCGGAACGGCAUUUUUGCCGUAUGCUCAACCCGUUUUUGAGCGCUGUAAUAACAUCAUCCACAAUGCACUCCUCAAAUACCAGGCCUACCAGGAGAAUCCGGAAUCAGAGGAGCCAGACAAGUCGUUCCUCGUUGUUGCUCUCGAUCUUCUCUCCGGGUUGACUCAAGGCAUGGGAAUGGAGCUGCAACCAUUAAUCACAGGCAGCAACCCUCCUCUUCUUGCCCUUCUCACUGCUUGUCUCAAACACCCGCAAGCGCCCGUUCGACAGACUGCUUACGCACUUGUUGGUGACAUGGCGGUGGGCUGUUUUGUUCUCCUCCGCCCCUACAUGCCGGGCAUCAUAGCCGAACUGACUCUUCAACUGGACCCGGAGCCGAAGUACGACUUCAUCAGUGCUUCUAACAACGCAGCCUGGUCGGUUGGUGAAGUCUCGUUGCGAUAUGGAAGGGACGACCCCGAGUUUAAGCAAUGGGUCAACCCGCUCAUCGUCCGGCUAAUUCCUAUUCUACUGCAUCCCAAGGCACCACGAAGCUUACACGAGAACGCCGCCGUUUCCAUUGGACGAAUCGGGUUGACUAAUCCAGACCUUGUUGCGCCGCACUUGCCCGAGUUUGCCCAAGCCUGGUGUCAAGCAUUGUACGAGAUUCGGGACAACGAGGAGAAGGAUUCUGCAUUCAGAGGUUUCUGUACGCUUGUGCAAUAUAACCCACAAGGCAUCGCCAAGAGUCUUCUUUGGUUCUGCAACGCUAUCGUGCGAUGGAACCAGCCCUCUCCCGAGCUCAACGAGAUGUUCAGGACGCUAUUACAAGGCUUCAAGAACCACAAUGUCGCCGCAUGGCAGGCACAAGUGUCAAUGUUCCCCCAACCGAUCCAAGAACGGCUCGCUGCACGUUAUGGCGUCUAA